AGUAUCAAAUUUCGUGCGAGGUUUUCUAAAAAACAAAGAAAGAAAUGCAUGUGUUAUACCUAAGUAUUCAAGAAAACUCGUAAAGAUAACGGCAGCUGUGCAAGCUGCAAAAAGUUAUGUUGGAUCUAGCAUUUCCCGACAUGAUAUAUUGAAGGGAUAACUGAUUUUGAUAGACAAUUUGAAAGGCAUUAUGGAUUCAGGUACAACAGACAAUAAUAGCACUGAAACAAGCCCUUCCCUUGUAACAACUUCUCCAGAAUAUCAAUGUAAACUAUUGUCCCAUGUCACAUCAUCUAAUGCAGCACUUGGUUCCAAUGGCAAACACUACCAUCAGCAGCAGCAGCAUUGUCAGUACAGUCAAGAGCAGCAACAACAACAUCAUCAGCAGCAACAGAAACUACCUCAGCAGCAGCAGCAGCAAAUACAGCAGCAGCAGAUACAUCAUCAACAUAGUCAAGAGCAGCAGAAUGAUCAACAAGAUCAGCAGCAAUAUGGAAGACACCAAAGAGAUCAACAAGAGCUGUAUGUAUCUAAGUUUCCAUAUCAGCAACAGCAGCAUGAAUAUGAAAAUUCGCCAAUUAAUGAGGAGAGGUUUCCUGGUGUACUAUAUCCCCAAAAGGAACAAAAUGUGCUACAUAAUCUACAGGCACCCAGUCGGAAUCAAGAGCUGCAUCAGCAAGAAGAUGGAGAAGGACUUAAAAUUGAAGCUCAGCAUCAGCAGCUAAGUCCGGAACACGUGCAGCAGCAGUUACAGGUGCUGCAUGAAGAACAACAGCAGUUGAAACCCCUCAGUCAGCAGCUUAAGGAAGAUAUAAAAGAGAUAGAACAAGCACAGCAUUGUGCAUUAGAGAUAUUUACAUCAAUAUCCCAACAUGUGAGUAAUGCUGCAGUUGACUUCUAUAUGGGAAAUAAAGAUUCCAGUGAUUUUGCUUCAAGGCAUCAUGAUCCCGAAGCAUUCAAAUCUGGUCGUAGGCCUUCAGAUGAAGAAAUCCUUCAGCCGGUUAUGUAUCCUCAAGUGUUGGCACAUCUUCCUAUACCUGUGUCAGUAAAUGAAGAACCAAGACCAUUAUCCGAUUAUUUGCCUGUCCCAGUAGCUGGGAAGUGUCAAGAAACAGUUUUAUUUCACAGGGAAGAAGGACAAAAUUCCAGCCUUGAAAUGCCAGAGACAAACAUGGAUCAACCGGCAGAGGACCAUCCUGUGGAAAAGAUAGCAAAUCAGCAUGUGCAACUAAGUGAUGAAAUAGGUAAUGUUGAAGAAGUUUCUCCAGAGGUAAAGGAAAUUCCUACUCCAAAUUUGUCAAGAGAUUUGACUCGUAUUCAAGUUGAAAAAGAAAUGGAGAAUUUAGAAUCUCAAGAAAGCAAGCAGGCAGACAUUCAAAUUAGGUUCACAGCUGAUGAUGAAAUGACUGAUGAAGAUACUGACAAAGCAAUAACAGAAGAGGUGGAAAAUCCUGAAUAUGAAGAUGAUUAUGUAUGUCUGUGCAAAGAAGAUUUCCUUAACCAUGCUCAGAGUAAAGUGAAGAAGUAUAUAUGUGGCGGAUGUUUAAGUAAAUUCAUCUCCAUUUGUCACCUGCAUAAGCACCUUGAGAAUCAUGGAUCAGGAGGCUCGUACCAUUUUGAUCAUGUUAGUCAUACUGCUUACCCUAAAUACGACACCUUCUGUAGCUUUACUCAAACUGAUGAUGAUUUUAUAAGGCAAGAUGAAUCUAUUGUCGUUGAAGACAUACACAGUUCUGAUGAAGUGAAAGGUUCUAAAAGAAUUGAUGAGAAGAACGUGAAUAAAUCAGAAGUUAGAGAACAGAAGUUUCAAGCUACUCGAAAAAGUCGUAAGAGAAAGCAGGAUAAUCCAAAACCUACCAAACCAAGAAUCUCGGACCAAAGAAAAAGUGAAAGAGGCAAGAAAGGUAGGAGAAAUACUGAAAUAAAAGAUAAGGUAAACACAGAUUAUUUUAUCACAUAUGAAGGUUACCAUGGAGAUUCACAAGCAGUAGGUUUGAUAGAAGCUGUAGGAAGUUUUGAUAUUGGUAUCGCAAGCACUGUUGUGCAUGACAGUGAAGAGAAGCUGGAUAAUGAUUGCAUUGUAGUCAAACAAGAAGUAUUUGAUGUAAGUGAAAUUCCUGCUGUGGUUAAACCUUUCAAAAAGCGCGGAAGACCUAGAAAAUCUGAAAGUUCUAAUGAAAAGAAUUUUGCAAAGAGAAGGAAAGUGGUAAAAAAGAAUGAAAAAGCUCGAAAACCAGAAUUAAUGGAUAGAAAUGAUAAUGGUGAUAAAUAUCAAGAAAAUGACAUACCAGCUGUGGAUCAUCCAGGAAUUGCAAUAGAAACAUUGGAGGGGUCAGAAAUUGAUGCAUAUCCUGAGCAACAUUCUGACCUUUCUGUAAAACCAAAAAUGCGGAAAAAUGCUGCUAAAGAGCAGAUGUGUGAUGUAUGUGGUUUAGCUGUGCCAAAAUAUAACUAUGUAUACCACAUGCGGCGACACACAGGAGAGAAACCAUUCGUUUGUGACAAGUGCGGUAAGGCAUUUGCUCAUCGUAGAUUCCUUGUCAAACAUAUGCUGACACAUGCUGAAGACAAACCAUGGAAAUGUGAUCUGUGUUCAGCUCAGUUUUGCCAAAAAAGUGAAUACAGUAUGCACAUGAAUGCGCACCAAGGACACAGGCCACAUGAAUGUAGAGUUUGUGGAAUGAAAUUUUUGAGUAAAGCUAUGCUAAAUACACAUCAAGCCAAUGUGCAUAUGGGAAUUACCAGGUUUGAAUGCGAGGUAUGCAAUAGACGUUUCUUCAAACGCUCAAGUCUCAAUGUUCACCAGGCUACACAUUUUGAGGCAACAAUGAAAUGUAGCUUCUGUGAUAGAAUGUUCAAGGAUAGGGCAGGUUUGAAAAGACACGAGCGUAUCCACACAGGAGAGAAAAGGUUCCGAUGUCACGUAUGUAACCACGAGUUUAUACAGAGUACACCAUACUGGGUUCACAUGGAGAAACGGCACCAGAUGGAUCGUGAAUCUGUGAAAAAUAUGCUAAAGGGUAUCCGUGAGAGUAAUAAACGAGUCGGAAAACGCACAGAAAUAAACGUUCUUCCUAAAGAUGUUGAUCAUUUAUUGGUUGCUCAGGAUAAAGCUAAUGACAAAAGUGGUAAAAGCACCAAAGCGGACAAGAGAAAUAAUUCUGAAAAAUCAGAAGGAAAGUCUAAAUCUACAACUAGUGCUACUGUGGCUGAUCAUUUUCAGUUUGAACAAGUGAACAGUGGGGAUAAUGCUGGUCCUCAAAAAUCAUACACAGAUAUCAAAGUGCCAAAUGUUUAUUCUUCAAAUGUUUCCGAUCUGGUGACACAGAAUACUUUUACUUCAGUGGAUAAUGACGCACCAUUGACAUUACAGCAGCAUUAUCGUUAUGGUGUUCCGAGCCAGGAUCCAGUCAUUAUUCAUACAACUACUUGUGGGCCCGGCUCAACCUCCUCGCAGGAAACUCCGUCAGCAAGCACUCAGUCUCUGGGUUUGCCAUCUAACCUACCUUUACCGGUCAGUCUGGCAUCCCUAGGUAUACCAAUGAAUUCCCUAGGUCAUGGGUUUAUAGGGUUGAAUCCUUUGCAGCAAGCUCUAGAUUACUCGAGCAGUUUACCAAACACUGGAACGUACACUGAUAUUUCAAGUGAUAGAGUUACCAAUCAACAACAGUAAUUAUGUUAUAGCGGAUAAAUGAUACAGUUGAUCCAAAUGAAUAGUAGAAAAAAAACCUUGCUUACUGAAUAAGUAUUAAAUUCCUUGGUGGAAAUGUUUGCAAGUUUUUGCAAAUUUUUUAUGUAAUCAGGCCUGGAUCCAGAUUGUUUUUAAUGAGAGAUGCAGAAGUUAAGGAUGAAGGCCUGAUCAGGAAUGUGCCAUUUUGGGGUUGGUAUUUAAGGGGAUAUCCCUCUCCUGUAAUGGGGUUAUGUGGUCUGAGCUAGGGAAGUUUUUUAAAAACAGGUAUGAAAUGGUGGCCUUUGGUGCAUAUUCUGAUCUAACAUACCCAUAUAUCAUGAAUAUGGUCUCGAGGAGAGUCUGAGGCAUAUAAUGGCCUUACUGCAGAUGUAUUUUUGGUAGGAAACCUUACACUUUUCAAUCACAGUGGUAUGUACAGAAGGGCUUAUUUCUCUCGUGUGAGGAAGGUAAGGUCUCCUGCUUGAAAUUUUUUAAAAAUAGGUUUGAAAUGAUGGCCUGUGGUGCAUUUUUAAGCCUAAACUAUGACUUCUCAGCCAGCUUGGGGAAGGGGGCACAUGAGACUGUUAAACCCACACACCCUGGAUCUGGGCCUGGUAAUAUAUUUGCAAAAUUAAUGAUACACACAAGUUUAGACCAAAUACUACCAUGAAAUUUGAUCAUCUGAAAGAGUUUCCAAAAAAUUACAUAAAACAGGUAAAAAAUACAAUUUAUCAGUUGAUAAUUAUGAUAACUAUAAAAGGAGUAACUACAUGAGCCGCAUCAUGAGAAAACCAACAUAGUGCAUUGUCGACCAGCAUGGAUCCAGACCAGCCUGCGCAGUGUGGUCAGGAUCAAUGCUGUUCGCUAAUGGUUCCUCUAAUUGCAAUAGGCUUUGACUGGGGGAGACAUAUUGUUUUUGCCCUGUCUGUCCGUCCGCCCAUCCAUCCGUCCGUACGUCACACUUCAUUUCCGAGCAAUAACUGGAGAACCAUUUGACCUAGAACCUUCAAACUUCAUAGGGUUGUAGGGCUGUUGGAGUAGACGAUCCCUAUUGUUUUUGGGGUCACUCCGUCAAAGGUCAAGGUCACAGGGGCCUGAACAUUGAAAACCAUUUCUGAUCAAUAACUAGAGAACCACUUGACCCAGAAUGUUGAAACUUCAUAGGAUGAUUGGUCAUGAAGAGUAGAUGACCCCUAUUGAUUUUGGGGUCACUCCGUCAAAGGUCAAGGUCACAGGGGCCUGAACAUUGAAAACCAUUUCCGAUCAAUAACUAGAGAACCACUUAACCUAGAAUGUUGAAACUUCAUAGCUUCAUAGGAUGAUUGGUCAUGAAGAGUAGAUGACCCCUUUUGUUUUUGGGGUCACUCUGUCAAAGGUCAAGGUCACAGGGGCCUGAACAUUGAAAAAAAUUUCCGAUCAAUAACUAGAGAACCAUUUGACCCAGAAUGUUGAAACUUCAUAGGAUGAUUGGUCAUGUAGAGUAGAUGACCCCUAUUGUUUUUGGGGUCACUCUGUCAAAGGUCAAGGUCACAGCGGCCUGAACAUUGAAAACCAUUUCCGAUCAAUAACUAGAGAACCACUUCACCCAGAAUGUUGAAACUUCAUAGGAUGAUUGGUCAUGAAGAGUAGAUGACCCCUUUUGUUUUUUGGGUCACUCUGUCAAAGGUCAAGGUCACAGGGGCCUGAACAUUGAAAAAAAAUUUCGAUCAAUAACUAGAGAACCACUUGACCCAGAAUGUUGAAACUUCAUAGGAUGAUUGGUCAUGUAGAGUAGAUGACCCCUAUUGUUUUUGGGGUCACUCCGUCAAAGGUCAAUGUCACAGGGGCCUGAACAUUGAAAACCAUUUCCGAUCAAUAACUUGAGUACCACUUGACCCAGAAUGUUGAAACUUCAUAGGGUGAUUGUCAAGCAAAGUAGAUGACCCCUAUUGAUUUUGGAGUCACUCCGCUAAGGUCAAGGUCACGGGCCUGAACAUUGAAAACCAUUUCCGGUCAGUAACUUGAGAACCACUCGACCCAGAAUGUUGAAACUUCAUAGGAUGAUUGUUCAUGCAGAAUAAGUGACCCCUAUUGUUUUUGGGGUCACUCCGUUAAAGGUCAAGGUCACAGGGGCCUGAACAUUGAUAACCAUUUCCGAUCAAUAACUUCAGAACCUCUUGAUCCAGAAUGUUGAAACUUCAUAGGAUGAUUGAACAUGCAGAGUAGAUGACCCCUAUCGAUUUUGGGGACGCUCUGUUAAAGGUCAAGGUCAAGGGAGCCUGAACAUGGAAAACAAUUUCCGAUCAAUAACUUGAGAACCACUUGACCCAGAAUGUUGAAACUUCAUAGGAUGAUUGAACAUGCAGUGUAGAUGAUCCCUAUUGAUUUUGGGGUCAGUCUAUUAAAGGUCUAGGUCACAGAGGCCUGGUCAUGUGAAAUCAUUUCUGGAGAAUAACUUGAGAACCACUUGACCUAGAAUGUUGAAACUUAAUAGGAUGAUUGGACAUGCAGAGCAGAUGACCCCUAUUUAUUUUGAGGCCACUUGAUCAAAGGUCAAGGUCACAGGAGCCUGAACAUGGAAAACAAUUAUUUCCGAUCAAUAACUUGAGAACCACUUGACCCAGAAUGUUGAAACUUCAUAGGAUGAUUGAACAUGCAGAGUAGAUGAUCCCUAAUGAUUUUGGGGUCAGUCUAUUAAAUGUCAAGGUCACAGGGGCCUGGUCAUGUAAAAUCAUUUCUGGAGAAUAACUUGAGAACUACUUGACCUAGAAUGUUGAAACUUAAUUGGAUGAUUGGACAUGCAGAGUAGAUGACCCCUAUUUAUUUUGAGGUCACUUGAUCAAAGGUCAAGGUCACAGGAGCCUGAACAGUGACUUGAGAACCACUAGGCCAAUAGUGUUGAAAUUUAGCGGGAUGACUGGACAUGCCAAGUAGAUGAUCCCUAUUGCAGCCAACCAUCAGUGUCUCUUUGACUUUCGCUCCUGACCCCUAUUGACUUCUUGCCUAUAGGACUUUGCAUUGGGGGAGACAUGCGCUUUUUAGCUCACCUGUCACAAAGUGACAAGGUGAGCUUUUGUGAUCGCGCGGUGUCCGUCGUCCGUCCGUGCGUGCGUGCGUGCGUCCGUAAACUUUUGCUUGUGACCACUCUAGAGGUCACAUUUUUCAUAGGAUCUUUAUGAAAGUUGGUCAGAAUGUUCAUCUUGAUGAUAUCUAGGUCAAGUUCGAAACUGGGUCACGUGCCGUCAAAAACUAGGUCAGUAGGUCUAGAAAUAGAAAAACCUUGUGACCUCUCUAGAGGCCAUAUAUUUCACAAGAUCUUCAUGAAAAUUGGUCAGAAUGUUCAUCUUGAUGAUAUCUAGGUCAAGUUCGAAACUGGGUCACGUGCCAUCAAAAACUAGGUCAGUAGGUCUAAAAAUAGAAAAACCUUGUGACCUCUCUAGAGGCCAUAUAUUUCACAAGAUCUUCAUGAAAAUUGGUCAGAAUGUUCAUCUUGAUGAUAUCUAGGUCAAGUUCGAAACUGGGUCACGUGCCCUCAAAAACUAGGUCAGUAGGUCUAAAAAUAGAAAAACCUUGUGACCUCUCUAGAGGCCAUAUAUUUCAUAAGAUCUUCAUGAAAAUUGGUCAGAACGUUCACCUUGAUGAUAUCAAGGUCAAGUUCGAAACUGGGUCACGUGUUGUCAAAAACUAGGUCAGUAGGUCAAAUAAUAGAAAAAACUUGUGACCUCUCUAAAGGCCAUAUUUUUCAUGGGAUCUGUAUGAAAGUUGGUUUGAAUGUUCAUCUUGAUGAUAUCUAGGCCAAGUUCGAAACUGGGUCACGUGCAGUCAAAAACUAGGUCAGUAGGUCUAAAAAUAGAAAAACCCUGUGACAUCACUAGAGGCCAUAUAUUUCAUGAGAUCUUCAUGAAAAUUGGUCAGAAUGUUCAUCUUGAUGAUAUCUAGGUCAAGUUAGAAAGUGGGUCACAUGCCUACAAAAUCUAGGUCAGUAGGUUAAAUAAUAGAAAAACCUUGUGACCUCUCUAAAGACCAUAUUUUUCAUGGGAUCUGUAUGAAAAUUGGUCUGAAUGUUCAUCUUGAUGAUAUCUAGGUCAAGUUCAAAAGUGGGUCACGUGCCUUCAAAAACUAGGUCAGUAGGUCAAAUAAUAGAAAAACCUUGUGACCUCUCUAAAGACCAUAUUUUUCAUGGGAUCUGUAUGAAAAUUAGUCUGACUGUUCAUCUUGAUGAUAUCUAGGUCAAGUUCGAAACUGGGUCAUGUGCGGUCAAAAACUAGGUCAGUAGGUCUAAAAAUAGAAAAACCUUGUGACCUCUCUAGAGGCCAUACUUUUGAAUGGAUCUCCAUAAAAAUUAGUCAGAAUGUUCACCUUGGUGAUAUCUAGGUCAAGUUUGAAACUGGGUCAUGUGCCUUCAAAAACUAGGUCAGUAGGUCAAAUAAUAAAAAAACCUUGUGACCUCUCUAGAGGCCAUACUUUUCAUGGGAUCUGUAUGAAAGUUGGUCUGAAUGUUCAUCUUGAUGAUAUCUAGGUAAAAUUUGAAACUGGGUCAACUCCGGUCAAAAACUAGGUCAGUAGGUCUAAAAUUAUUAAAAUCUUUUGACCUCUCUAGAGGCCAUAUUUUUCAAUGGCUCUUCAUGAAAAUUGAUCUGAAUGUUCAUCUUGAUGAUAUCUAGGUCAAGUUCGAAAGUGGGUCACGUGGGGUCAAAAACUAGGCCAGUAGGUAUAAAAAUAGAAAAACCUUGUGACCUCUCUAGAGGCCAUAUUUUUCAUGAGAUCUUCAUGAAAAUUAGUGAGAAUGUUCACCUUGAUGAUAUCUAGGUAAAGUUCAAAAGAGGGUCACGUACCUUCGAAAAUUAGGUCAAUAGGUCAAAUAAUAGAAAAACCUUGUGACCUCUCUAGAGACCAUAUUUUUCAAUGGAUCUUCAUGAAAAUUGGUCAGAAUUUUUAUCUUGAUAAUAUCUAGGUCAAGUUCAAAACUGGGUCACAUGAGCUCAAAAACCAGGUCACUAUGUCAAAUAAUAGAAAAAACGACGUCAUACUCAAAACUGGGUCAUGUGGCAAGAGGUGAGCGAUUCAGGACCAUCAUGGUCCUCUUGUUUACAAAAGCAAUUUCUAGUUUUAUUUAUCAUUUUAUAAGACAUCAAGUUUUGGUAUAUUUUGGGCAAAUUAGACAUAUUUAGGAAACGUUUAUAACAGUUAAAUGCCAACUUAUUCACCUUGGUUUUCAAAUCAACAGUUUUUAGGGACAGGGAUCUCAGAUAAAAUGAUCUUCGUUAAAAGUCUAUUUCAUUGCAGCCAAUAUAAUUCAACUACUGUGUUUGCAUGAAUAGUAGUGAUCUUAAUUUGAAAUCUUGAUUUGAUAAGACACAGCUAGUAUAGUAUAAUGAUCUGUUUCCUGGAUACUGUAAAAUCAUAUAAUUUUGUGGGCAUGAAAUUUCGUGGUUUUGGUCAAAACGGCAGUUCCGUGGGGAAAGGAAUUCAUGGGUUUCAACUUUUGAACAUUAAAUGAAUGGGAAUCUCACGUGUUUGUUGGGAUUAAAUUUCGUGGAUUGGCUCAACCACGAAAAUUAGUCCCCCACGAAUAUUAAUGAUUUCACAGUACAUGUACAAUUUGUAUUGACUGCACAUUAAGGUAGAUGUGCAUGUAUGGUCCACAACUGUUUCUUUAGGAUGCCUUUUGAUUACACUGUCAUUGUUUUAGUAUGAAGUUUGGAUUAAACUGGCAUUGUUAGCUCGACUUCUCGAAAAAAAUAGAGCUAUUGCACUCACCCCAGCGUCGGCGUCGCCGUUGGUUUUUGAUAAAGUAAAAUAUCUCUAUUACUAUCAAAGCUAUUGACUUGAAACUUAAAACAGUUAUUUACUAUCAAAGUCUACACCAGGGGAUACAAUCCCCAUAACAUUGAUUUGAAUUUUGACAGAGUUAUGCCCCUUUUUAACUUAGAAUUUUUUUGUUAAAGUUUUUGAUAAAGUCAAAUAUCUCUGCUACUAUCAAAGCUUUUGACUUGAAACUUUAAAUAUUUAUUUACUAUCAAAGUCUACACCAGGAGAACUAAUUCUCAUAACUCUUAUUUGAAUUUUUACAGAGUUAUGCCCCUUUUUAGCGUAGAAUUUUUAGAUUAAAGUUUUUACUGGCAAAGCUCUAAUUCAGAGUCAGACACUGAGAAAGUCGAGCGCGCUGUCAUCCGAUAGCUCUUGUUUUAAUAUGAAGUUUGGUUAAAACUGACAUGGUUUUAAUAUGAAAUUUGGAUUAGAUUUGCAUUGUUUUAAUAUGAGGUUUGGAUUAAAUUGGCUUUGCUUUAAUAUGUAGUUUGAUUUAAACUGGCAUUGUUUUAAUAUGAAAUUUGGAUUAAAUUGGUAUUUUUUCAUAUGAAAUUUGGAUUAAAUUGGAUUAAAUUGGUAUUUUUUCAUAUGAAAUUUGGAUUAAAUUGGCAUUGCUUUUAUAUGACAAGGAUAAAACUGGAAUUGUUUUAAUAUGAAGUUUGGAUUAAAGUGGCAUUGCUUUAUUAUUAAGUUUGAAUUUAACUGGCAUAGUUUUUAUAUGAAAUUUUGUUUAAACUAACGAUGUUUUAAAUGUAAGUUUAGAUUAAACUGGCAUUGUUUUCAUAUUAAGUGGAUUGAACUGACAUUGUUUUAAUACGAAGAUUAGAUUAAAUUGGCAUAGUUUUAAUAUGAACUUUGGAUUAAACCGGCAUUGCUGGUUUUGUUUAACCUAAACUUCUUAUACAGAUCAAGUGUUAGAACUUUUAUCAAUAGAAAGAAAGUAACAUUACAGGUUUAAUCAGUAAUCACAUGUGCUGCUUCUUACUGUAAAAUCAUUUAAUUCCAUGGCCAUGAAUUUUCGUGGUUUUGGUCAAAAUGGCAAUUUCAGGGGGAUAUGAAUUCGUGGAUUUCAACUUUUGAACAUAAAAUUAAUGGAAAUUUUACUUUUUCAUUAGGAUUAAAUUUCGUGGAUUGACUCGGCCACAAAAUCCAUGAAAAUUAGUCCCCCACGAAUAUUAAUGAUUUCACAGUAUUCAAGACAGGACUUCCAGUUUUACAAACGUGCAUAACUAUCUUAAAAAAACCUUUAUAACUGAAACUGUUGUUGAUUAUGGUUACUUACUUUGCAUCUCUUGUGCCACACCUAUGUGGGUUCAAACCUCCAACUUAGGAUGUUGUAUACCUAAAUGUGCAGUCGAUAUGAAUCUGUAUUGGUGUGACAUUAUUAUUAUUAUUAUUACAAAAGAUUUGUAUAAUGCUUUUCAUUAUUAGCAUGUUCAAAGGCACGUUACAUACUACAUUAAACAAAGCAAAAUAGUCGAACAUAAAUCAGUACAUCGCGGGGAGUGUAGUCUAUACCUUAUUGUUUACAUAAAUUGUUUUCUGGAAUAAUAUCACUGGCAUUGGUGCUAUGUUGAUGUACCAGGUAUAUAUGGUUGUAAAUGUUGUAAAUUGUGGUGAAAAUGUAUAGAGUAGCAAAUAGUGAAAAAAAUGGCAGUUUUGUAUUUUAAAGCCAUUGUCUCUGAAAUUUAUUCUUGUACCAGUAGAUAUAAUACUAUUUUAUGUUAUUGUAUACUUAGAUCUAGCAUCAAUUCUAGUCAGUUAUAGUUUAUAAGAUAUAUAUUAAACUUCUGUACAUCUUUAUGAAACUUGAUAAAUAUUUCUGCUUUGCAGGUCGUAACUUUUAUAGAAUUGUUGGGUGACCACCAUCCGCUGAUCAGUUCUUCAUAAUUAACCUGUCCCAGCUGGCUUUCAAUCUGCCAUCAACAUUUGAAUUAUAUUUUACCUUGAACAUUCUUUAUAUGGUCAUAAAAAAUCAAUUAUGGACCAGGUCAGAUAAUUAAAUCAAGAGUUACAGCCCUUGAUUAUAGAACAAAAAUGCCAUAUUUUAUUAUGUUUACAUUCUAGCACAUUGAUUUUUUCACACGUCCUUUUCAUUUUAUACAGAAAAUGUAUGACCUUAAAGUCUCAGUCAAAAGCAGUUGUUCCAGAGUUUCUGCUCUUGAUUUAUAAAAGAAAUACUGUAUUUGACAUUGUUUACACUCUUGUAAAAAAAUUUUUUACCCAAUCCUUAUAUUUUUUUUUUUCAAAUGGUCUGUCUCUCAAAUUAGUGCAAUGGGUUUACCUAACUUCUUUUAGUAGCAUCAUUGCAUGGACCUCCAUCCAUGAAGUUUGUUCAUACUGUUCCGUUUGAACCCAUUUAGGGCGGCCAGAGCUAACAAGGUGAUUGGUAACACCGAUUGAUGCUCCCCGAAAUUACUGUUAAGGAGAAAUGUGGUCAGCAAGAGUUAUGAUUCUUUACCACUGCACUCCCUCUCACUAAUCUCUAUGAUUAUUUAAAGUAUCAAGUCAUUACCUUACAUAGUAUUCAAGCUAUGCCCCUGACAAGGUUUUCAAAAAAAAGGGAGGUAAUAUAAAAAUGAGACCACCUAGAGUUAUGGUUCCUUGUCACUGCACUCCCUCUCACUGACCUCUAUCAAUAUAUAAAGUAUGAAGUCAAUACCUUGCAUAGUAUUCAACAAGGACAAGGUUUUCAAAAAGCUUGGCUGUCUCUUUUUGGUCAAAAACCAAGGUCAGGUGAUCGUCUUUAGAGCCAUCAGUGCCGUCAUAUUUACAAGACAACUGGUGUUCAAAGUUUUUGAUUUAGUUCACAAUAUUUUUUUGUUCUAUAAGGAAAAUAUGAUGAAAUAAGAUUUGUUCAUAUGUAUUUGAGAAACCUCAUGGUGCCAAAUGAUUUUAAUUAAUAUUUGACUUUUUAGCUCACCUGAGCACGAAGUGCUCAAGGCAAGCUUUUGUGAUCACCCUGUGUCCGUCGUCGUCCGUCCGUCGUCAACAAUUUGACUGUUAACACUCUAGAGGUCACAAUUUUGGCCUAAUCUUAAUGAAACUUAGUCAGAAUGUUACCCUUAAUAAAAUCUUGGACGAGUUUGAUGUUGGGUCAUCUGGGAUCAAAAACUAGGUCACCAGGUCAAAUCAAAGGAAAAGCUUGUUAACACUCUAGAGGUCACAGUUUUGGCUUAAUCUUAAUGAAACUUGGUCAGAAUGUUACCCUGAAUAAAAUCUUUGACGAGUUCGAUAUUGGGUGAUCUGGGGUAAAAAACUAGGUCACCAGGGUCAAAUCAAAGGAAAAGCUUGUUAACAGUCUAGAGGUCACAAUUUUGGCCCAAUCUUAAUGAAACUUGGUCAGAAUGUUACCCUCAAUAGAAUCUUGGACGAGUUCAAUAUUGGGUUAUCUGGGGUCAAAAACUAGGUCACCAGGUCAGAUCAAAGGAAAAGCUUGUAAACACUCUAGAGGUCACAAUUUUGGCCCAAUUUUAAUUAAACUUGGUCAGAAUGUUACCAUCGAUAAAAUCUUGGACGAGUUCGUUAUUGGGUCAUCUAGGGUCAAAAACUAGGUCACCAGGUCAAAUCAAAGGAAAAGCUUGUAAACACUCUAGAGGUCACAAUUUUGGCCCAAUCUUAAUGAAACAUGGUCAGAAUGUUACCCUUAAUAAUAUCUUGGACGAGUUUGAUAUUGGGUCAUCUUGGGUCAAAAACUAGGUCACCAGGUCAUAUCAAAGGAAAAGCUUGUUAACACUGUAGAGGACACAUUUAUGACUGUAUCUUCAUGAAGCUUGGCCAGAAUGUUAAUCUUGAUGAUCUUAAGGUCCAGUUUGAAUCUGGGUCAUGUAGGGUCAAAAACUAGGUCACCAAGUCAAAUCAAAGGAAAAGCUUGUUAACACUCUAGAGGCCGCAUUUAUGACUGUAUCUUUAUGAAACUUUGUCAGAAUGUUAAUCUUGAUGAUCUUUGGGCAGGUUCUAAUCUGGGUCAUGUGGGGUCAAAAACUAGGUCACCAAGACAAAUCAAAGGAAAAGCUAGUUAACACUUUAGAGGCCACAUUUAUGACCAUAUCCUAAUGAAUCUUGGUCAGAAUGUUAAUCUUGAUUAUCUUUAGGUCGAUAGGUCAGGUGAGCGAUACAGGGCCUUCAUGGCCCUCUUGUUUUAAAUUCUGCAAGCAUGCAUUUGUUACCUGCAUUUUUCCUUUCGUUUAUCUUACUGAUUAUUGUGAAAUAAAGCUACGUUAGCAUGGGAGAAAUU